CUACUUUAAAUAUUUUAUUCACCUCACAACUGUCAUCAAUGUUAAUCAGCUGUAGCAGCCAAACUCGCUUACUAAAUAUAUCUUGAUUAUUAUAUCAAUCUAAAAACAUACAAAGAAAAUUUGUUAUCACAACAAAAAGGUUUUAUAAGUUAAAAAAUCUAUAUUCUUGGUUUGAAGUUUAAAUGAUUGGACCGAAAUCAUAAGCACGAAAUACCUCUGCAUAUAGUGGAAUCGAUAGCAUUUGCAUAUAAUUAGUGCUCCACGAAAUCAAUAGUAGGGAGUAAAUUGAAAAUCUACAAGAUCGAGAAUGGAUUGGCGGCAAGCGGAAAUUUUUGACCUACUAUCUAUGUAUAGGGAGUCAGAGUGCCUAUGGAACUGUCUCAAUCCAGAAUAUAAAGACGUGGACCUAAAGAAAAAUGCAUGGAAAGAAAUUGCAAAUUUUUUCGGAAGAAGUGUUGAAGAAGUGAAGAAGAAAAUUAAAAAUUUACGCACUGGUUACGUUUUAGAGAAAAAGAAAGCCGAUAGUAAAAACGCAAAUUCAGGAGAUUCUCUCUAUGAACCCCGUUUAUUUUACUAUGAUGAAAUGACUUUUUUGGACCCCGUAAUAGUUUUACGAAUUUGUAAUCCUACAGAGCAGAGUACCGACCACUUAAGGAAAUUGCGUGCACAGCGUUCCUCAAACGACAGACACAUUAUUGUUGAAAAGAAAAAGCGCAAAGUGUUCAGUAAUACCUCGGAGGAUAAAGCACAUUGGGAGCUGACACCUGCAAAAAAACAGCGUGUUUUAAAUGAUGUACAUUUAGAUAAUGUACCACAAGACGAAUUAGAAAAGACAGAUCAUACAAAUAAAGAAGAUACCUUUUGUGCAAUGCUUUGUAGCGAACUUCAAUUACUUAAAUCUGAAGAUAUAUAUGACAAUGUUACAUCUGAAAUUUUUACAAUUCUAAGGAAUGCCAAAAUAGCAGAACGUCAAAUCGAAUAUCAGCCCGAAGAGAUUAACAAAGUCGCUAGUAAAUGUUCUUAUUCUUAACCAUAAAAGUCGAGAUCAUUUAUCUGGCAUAGUUUACUGCAUAUUUUUACCACUACAACAACAAUAAUCAAGUUUAUUAAUUUUAAUAGCAAUUUUUUCUACUAAUAAAGAAUAUACAAUGUGUAUAUAUUAUAUGUGUCGAAACAUUAAAAUCUUUUUUACGAAAAUCUGUUAUUCUUUUCCAUACCUAUAUCAGGGAUAUCUCUAUCACUGCACCAAAUAAUACAAUGAUUGAUACGAAAUGAAAAGCCUGUUUUUGGUACCAUGAUGUUAUUCUCAAACCAGUGACAGCUACAGUUACUGCUUGAAAUUCAAUAAUGCUUAGAUUCUUAA